UAUAUAUAUAUAUAUCAUACAUUUCUUGCAGUUUUCCACAAAGAACAGACAUUAUGUUUUCACAAAACCUCUCUUUGAUUUUCUUUAUAGCAGCCACAUUGAUCGCGGAGUGUUAUGGCUAUAAGACAAUCGUUAAGCAACGUAUUUCCAAGGGAAAAGUUAAUGGAGAAAUGAUGCAAUACUGCGAGUACAAACUGUUGAAGAUGAUGCCUAAAUCUAAAGUUUUGGACCCCGACGCCUGUCUUAGUUGUAAAUGUAACAACAAGUUCCUUAUCUGCAAAGAUGCGAAAUAUAUACCGGGUUGUAAAUUAAUGCCUGGAGGACAAAUGACACAAAACCCAUUUGAUAAGGAGUGGAAAAAACUGGUAGAUCCAUUGAUUAAGCCAGAAUAUACUGAUUAUCGCAUUCUGCAAGUCAGAACACAGGUUGUCGCUGGUAGAAAUAUUUACAUGUGGCUACAUGUUGACAAUGCUCUACUUUGUGAUCUUACGGUAUUUGAGGACCUGAACGGUGGAAAAGAAAUCACUAAAGAUACUUGUGGAUUGAAAAAAUAGGUCUUGCAGUCCUGAUGAAUCAGUCAAUGCCCAUUGAAAAGACUCUAUACAAUAGUGUAAUUGAGACAAGCUGAAAUACAUGUACGUUUUGAAAAAAAAGAGCUUUAUUGA